AUGGGCUUCGACGCGGUACAGAUCAGCCCCGCGCAGAAGUCGAAGCAUGGGCACGAAUGGUGGGCACGCUACCAGCCGCAGGACUACGGCAAGAUUGAAGGCUUAGGCUCUUGGGAGGAGCUGAAAGAGCUUUGCCGAAGAGCCGACGAGUUAAAGCUCAGGGUCAUCGGUGAUGUUGUCUUCAACCACAUGUUGGUGGUUGGCAGCUGCCACGAGUGGCGUCAGGCGCAGGCGAACCCGGCGAGGCUGAAGCAGCUCCAGGAGCGCCUCGUGCGGGAGACCUCCAUGCGACUGGAGGAUUUCCAAUGGCCCUGGUUUGAAAUGUCUGGUGAGCACUGGGAUAACGAAAACCGCUACGAGGGCUGGGGCAGUGGUGAGUGGUCGGAGCUUCGCUAUUGUGAGCGGGUUGUGGCAGCACAGCAGAAGCAUUUGCGGCUACUGCUGGAUGCGGGUGACUGGCGUCAGAUCCCAGGUGUGCGGGGCAUCCGUUUUGAUGCCGUGAAGCACUUGCGCCCAGCACAUUUGGAGGAGCACUUGCAGCUGCUGCGCAAAGAGAAGGUCUUCGCGUACGGAGAGGUCUUGAGUGUGGACGAAACAAUGCACCAGGAGUACAUGGCGCUGUCGUGUCCAUCCACAGACUUCCCUUUGACAGUCUUCAUGUACCGGGCCCUGUCGGAGGCAGGGCAGGAGGUUUUCGGCGCUGUGGCGGUCUCAGUGCGUGCCCUGUGGCGGGAGGGUGUCUCGGGUGCUGCUGCGCGCGUGGCCAAGGCGACAGGUGAGGAGUCCACAAGCAGAUGA